CAUUUACAGAAAUCGAACAAUAACAGUUCUCAGCGUUUUUACAGCAUUUAGUUAAAUUUUUUAUCCAAAAGGAUAUAAUUUAUAAAAAUCGAAUUAAAUUUAUGUUCCACUCGCUCUCGGUUCUGCAUUGUUUUCGUUGAUUAAAUUUGUCAAAUUUGCCUUGACGUAUUGGCAAUGGGUUGCCAAACGUAGGAAAGCGAAAGAGUGCUAAACGUAAUAGUGACAAGCAAGCCAGAAAACGAAAAGAAAUACCAGUGGAAGGAAGUGUAAAAACGGAUCGCGAAAAAUUGUCUAAUUAAUUGUGUUACUUUGCCGGAAGCGGCUUUUGUAUCCUAAUAACAAGAGGAAACAAUUUAUAAGCGGUGUCCACGGCUGAUCAAAAGGCACUCUCUGAAAGAGGUGCGUCUGUGUGUAGUGACGCACACCCCACCCCCGUUUAAGUAUAAACAUAACGCAAACGCACUUGGAAUAUUACCCACACGAGCUCACGAAUUCCACAAACGCGAUGCAUAGUGGAGAAUAGUGAUUCAAUGGAGCAAAUAUUGAUGCAGCCAUAGCUUUACACGAUGUCGCUCUUGCUACUUUCAUUAGAUUGUCGAGAGCCAGCAACGCGUUGAGAGCGUUCCCGUGCGUCCGUGCGCCAAUUAUCGAGCUGAAAAGAAAAUUAUUCAACGCUGCCACUGGCCAUUUUUAACGCGCAUCCCAGUGUUACUAAAAGAAAUAAAAAAUUCUUCAAUAAAUCUGAAAGCCAGCACAUAAGCUUGAAUUUGUCUCCUUUGUCUUCAACAGCCGAUAUUACCCGCCUUGUCGCGCCCACCGCAUAAACGUGAAACCGCGCGCGUACGCGUUCGGUUGUAAAAGAGACCCUGAGCAAAAAUCGAUUUUUCUUUGAUUUGCACGUUGCUAAAGUGGGUUUAACAUUUAUCAUAAUUAUAAGAAAAAAGUAAAUUAAUGAUAGUGUGUAGUCUGACGAAUACCAGUAUCUAAAUAAUUUGCAAAAACUAUUUCGAUUAACUCAAAACAUUCCAUUAUCUUAAAAAUACAGAUAAAACAUCGGAAUAAUACGCUGGCAAAUGUGAAAAUUUAAGUAAAACAAAGAGCAGUCAUUGAAUAAAGCAAAGCACACAAGAGACGGAAAGCAAAGUGAAAGAAAAAUCCGAUACACAAAAAACCAUCUCCCUACAAUCAAAAUCCAAUUCACUCUCAUUCAACGCUGCUUAGGCAUUCUAGUAACAAUUUGUGCUGAUUUUUGCCAUCAUAACUCUACCCACUUAUUGUUAUUCGGAAGCUUUUCGUCGAUAAGCUACGUUUCCGACGUGUUCGUCCAACAGCGUCAUCACCUUCAUCAUCACCAAAGGCGAACGCAACAGCAGCAAGUAGCAGAUACCAACAGUUUUUCUCCCAGCGCGAGUAUGGAGGUGCAAGGAAUAGAACGUGGUCAGUAAAAGUAAAGCAUACAUUUUUGUGCUUGACAAGUGCAAAAGUUGCAGAUACGAAUUAGGAACACUCGAUUUCGAAACCAAAUAAAUAAAUUUAGUGGUUAGUGUGUAAAAUUUUUAAGAUUAUUAAACACUCUCAACCACAAAAAGUCUGUGGAUACGAAAUUGCCAAGCAAAAGUGAGGCAGAAAGUGAGUCAUGCAGCGGUUGCUAUUGUCGCUUACGCUAUCGCUAUCGUCGCUGUUAACGUCGCCAAAAUUAUUUUCAAAAGUAGCUGUGGAUAUCGCAGUAAAUUGAAUUUGUUGACCGUGAGCGUUGCCUUCAACGCUCCGUUUGCCAUUACGCACGCUAAAACCAGCCGCUCCGCCCCUAAUCGCAUCGUGGUAUAAACGAGUGAACCAAGAUAUUUACAGAUAAAUUUGUUACAGACGACUCGUAUAUAUAUUAAAUAACAAAAACAAAGUGAUUCAUGGGAAAAAUUAUUAGAAGUGCCAAUAUCCUAAAUUAAAAAAUAUAAUUUUCGAAGAUACGCCUCGAAAUCGACGAUAAUCAAGACGGGGGUACGGGCGUUUGUCCAAACGUUUGCAUUUCGCAAGGAAAAAUCGAUAAUCGCUAGUCACGAGCGACAACUACCGCGCGCGUCCACCCACCACCGCAACCGAAAAUACAGGCUUAGAAAGUGUUGCACACACGCGGUGCGCUGGGAGGCCGACAAAAUUCUACAGUGAAAAGGCCGAAAAGAAUAAUCGCGUGAAAGAAAAAAUAAAUUAAAAAUAUAUUGUGCUGGUGUCAAGUUUACCCAAAGAGAUCGAAUUUGGAAAUUCAACUAUGUAAAUGAAAUUGCAUAAAAAAGUGAUAACCGAAACUAGCGUCUUAGAGGAGCAUUGACUGCCAAAAAAUACAUAUAAAUUAAUAAGUUUUUAUCGCCUUGAAAUUGAAGCACUCGUUCCCCUUGUCCCUUAAAAAAUAAUCACCGUAAAGUUGAGCUCAACAAAGUCAACGAACGACGUGAACAAACGUCAACGAAAGCCAGUUAGCUUAUAAAAGAUAAUUAGAAUAAAAAUUAAGUAAAACUUGGAAUAAAUACCGGCAGUGUACUGUUCCAGUUUAACGAGAAAUUUUACCACUGUGAAACAAACUUUAUAAAUUUAAAGGCAAACAACCUUCAACGCCUUUGUAGUAAAAACCAUCUGCAAAAUGACAAAAGACAGAUUAGCCGCACUUCACGCCGCUCAAUCCGAUGACGAGGAGUCUGAGGAAGUGGCGGUCAACGUGGAUGCCCAUGAUUCCUACAUGGAUGAGUUCUUCAAGCAGGUGGAGGAGAUACGUGGCAUGAUCGAUCGGGUGCAAGACAAUGUCGAAGAAGUUAAAAAGAAGCACUCGGCUAUUCUAUCCGCCCCUCAAUCUGAUGAGAAAACCAAACAGGAGCUGGAAGAUUUAAUGGCCGACAUAAAGAAGAAUGCGAAUCGCGUCCGUGGAAAACUAAAAAGCAUCGAACAAAAUAUCGAGCAAGAGGAGCAGCAAAACAAAUCGUCCGCCGAUUUGCGUAUACGCAAAACACAGCAUUCAACGCUUUCACGAAAAUUCGUCGAGGUGAUGACAGAAUACAAUCGCACGCAGACGGAUUACAGAGAGCGCUGCAAAGGCAGAAUACAACGUCAGUUGGAGAUUACCGGCCGUGCAACGACCAGUGAAGAGCUGGAAGACAUGCUGGAGCAGGGCAACCCAGCCGUAUUCACGCAGGGCAUUAUUAUGGAGACGCAACAGGCCAAACAAACCCUGGCCGAUAUAGAGGCUCGUCACGCUGAUAUUAUGAAGUUGGAGACAUCGAUCAAAGAGCUACACGACAUGUUUAUGGAUAUGGCUAUGUUGGUGGAGUCGCAGGGCGAGAUGAUCGAUCGCAUUGAAUAUCAUGUGGAGCAUGCUAUGGACUACGUGCAGACGGCAACUCAAGAUACAAAGAAAGCGCUCAAAUACCAGAGCAAGGCGCGCCGAAAGAAGAUCAUGAUCCUGUUAUGUUUGACUGUGUUGGGUCUCAUAGUUGCUUCAUAUGUUGGCACAACUUUCAUUAUCAAAUCGAAAUCGUAGUGCUUGAAACUAAACCAAUAAAUAAUGUUACACAUUUGCCACAGCUGCUUUUUUGUACUUAAAUUUUUGAAUCCUAAUUUUUGACAUCGCAUUUGUAUGUUUACUUUUUGUUCAACUGUUGAUCAGCCCAUUUCAUAAACUUAGCGAGAAAAAUAGCUCGUAAUGCCUGCUCUUGCUCGGAUAUUACAAGUAGUACAUACAUAUUACUAAGCGGAUAAGUAUGUUUCGUAUGAAUGCAUUUAGCGCAAUUAAAUUUAUGAGCACGCAUCCAUGAACGCCCCUACUGUUGCAGUUUUUAUUUUUUCAUUUUUGUGGGCGUGUCACUUAACGAAUGGCAAAUGGCAUUUGUGGUGAUCUCUAACAAAUGCUGAACAUAUUCCAAACACCUAUGUACCUCUCACUCUCAAAUGGAAUUGCAAGCAACAAAACAAAAAGAGCAUAUGUAUGUUAAUAACAAGAAAAAAAGCAAAUCAGCAACUAAGCGCACCAACAGGCACCUCUGAGUUUCCGUUUCCGUUGAGCAGCACCAUUUUCUACUUCUUUCAUUCAAACACCAAAUGCACUGCAACUGUUUGUAAUUGCAAUCAACAACAACAGCAAAGUACCAGCAAACUACAACCAAUGCACUGACGCUCGUUCUAAUGCAAAAAAAAAAAGAAAAACAACUAACAAAAUAUUAGCCACUCUACGUAAUCUUUUUUAAGCCUCCUCAACUAACCGCCAAAGCAUGCAACUAAUGCACGCAGAAAAUUUUGAAACAAAAAAUAAUAAAAGAAAAUGCGCAUCACAGCAAUCGCAAUAGUCAGUAAAAAAAAAAAAUAAUAAUAAUAAUAUGUGCAUGUUAUGCGGCUCCUUCGUAUUAUUUCAAUCAAUCAAUACAAGCUACAAACCAAUGUACGAUCAUCGCCAUAAAUGAGAUCACAAACGCCAGCGACCCACCAACCACUAACCCCCAACCGCCAACGAACUCCAAAGCGACCAACUGGCCAACGUUUAUCAGCUGCAAAACUGCUUACAAAAUACAAAUUUUUGCCAGAGUCAACGAUUAGCUGCGAAAUGCUUGAGACCAAAUACAUAAUUUAAUGCCAUUGGUAAGUAUUUAAUGAAAAGAAAACGAAAAAUGCAAAUGUUAAAUGAAAUUUAUUACAAAGCAGGCAAAUAAACCCGCUGACUAAAGCAACUUAUUCGAGGAAAUGUAUGUAAUUAAAGAAAUUUUGUGCGAAAUUCUAAGUAUUUAAUGCAUAAAGUUGCUAUGUGUCAGAGACCUUGUGGAACAAACGUUUUUUGCGCGCGACUCAACAGAAAAUAAUUUUUUAGUUGAGUUUCUGUUUUUUGUUAUCAUUUGUUAAAUUUUAUAUAUAUUUAGUAAAACAGCUGGUGGCCUAAACAACUUAACAAUGAAUAAAGAGCUCAGUUUUCUUAGGAUUUAAAUAAAUUUUCACUACUUUCUGUAAAUAUCACAAAAA